AUGAAAAAUUCAAUUAUUAUCGAAUUUUGUAUUUAUUUUCGGUAUCUACGACUUUCUUUUCUGUUCGCAUUGUCCCUUCUUUCUUUCUUUCUUUUUUCCUUUCUUUCUUUCUUUUUUUCUUCCUUUCUUUCUUUCCAUCUUCCUUUCUUUCUUUCUUUCUUUCUUAUCGGUUCGCAUUAUGUCCCUUCUUUCUUUCUUUCUUUCUUUCUUUCUUAUCUGUUCGUAUUAUGUCCCUUCUUUCUUUCUUUCUUUCUUUCUUUCUUAUCCGUUCGCAUUAUGUCCCUUCUUUCUUUCUUUCUUUCUUUCUUUCUUUCUUUCUUUCUUAUCUGUUUGCAUUAUGUCCCUUCUUUCUUUCUUUUUUCUUUUUUUCUUUCUUUCUUUCUUUCUUUCUUUCUUAUCCGUUCGCAUUAUGUCCCUUCUUUCUUUCUUUCUUUCUUUCUUCCUUUCUUUCUUUCUUUCUUUCUUUCUUUCUUAUCUGUUUGCAUUAUGUCCCUUCUUUCUUUCUUUUUUUCUUUUUUUCUUUUUUUCUUUCUUUCUUUCUUUCUUUCUUUCUUUCUUUCUUUCCAUCUUCCUUUCUUUCUUUCUUUCUUUCUUUCUUAUCGGUUCGCAUUAUGUCCCUUCUUUCUUUCUUUCUUUCUUUCUUUCUUUCUUUGUUAUCCGUUCGCAUUAUGUCCCUUCUUUCUUUCUUUUUUUCUUUCUUUCUUUCUUUCUUUCUUUCUUUCUUUCUUAUCUGUUUGCAUUAUGUCCCUUCUUUCUUUCUUUUUUCUUUUUUUCUUUCUUUCUUUCUUUUUUUUUUUCUUUCUUUUCUUAUCCGUUCGCAUUAUGUCCCUUCUUUCUUUCUUUUUUCUUUCUUUCUUUCUUUCUUUCUUUCUUUCUUAUCUGUUUGCAUUAUGUCCCUUCUUUCUUUCUUUUUUUUUUCUUUCUUUCUUUCUUUCUUUCUUUCUUUCUUUCUUUCUUAUCCGUUCGCAUUAUGUCCCUUUCUUUCUUUUUUUUUUCUUUCUUUCUUUCUUUCUUUCUUUCUUUCUUUCUUUCUUAUCUGUUUGCAUUAUGUCCCUUCUUUCUUUCUUUUUUCUUUCUUUCUUUCUUUCUUUCUUUCUUUCUUUCUUUCAUAUCUGUUCGCAUUAUGUCCCUUCUUUCUUUCUUUCUUUCUUUCUUUCUUUAUUUAUUUUUAUGCUCGCACUAUGUCUCAUCUUUUUUCUUUCUUUCUUUCUUUUUUUCUUUCUUUCUUUCUUUCUUUCUGUUCGCAUUAUGUCCCUUCUUUCUUUCUUUCUUUUUAUGUUUGAACAAUGUCCCAUCUUUUUUUCUUUCUUUCUUUCUUUCUUUCUUUGGUUUUCUUUUUGUUAG